AUGCACAUCAACGAAACUGCCUUCGGCCAGUUGGCUCACAAGCUCAGCGGCGGCAUGUUCUUUGCUUACCAGGAGCUCAGCGAACAGCUCCCCGCCGGCUGGCUUCAAGACAAGUCCGUUCACCUCGACCCCGAGGCUGUCGCCGACUGGAAAUCCUGGGCAGCACGAUGGGUCAAUAGCCCCGCGACUGACCCUCUCAGCGACUCCACCCCCAACACUCUCUCUGGCGUCAAUCCCGACACCCUUGUAGGCUGGUACGGCGACAAUGAUUCUGCCAACCCUCAAAACUGGAGCUCCGCCGAGAAAGCUUUUGUCGCUGGCCUCAUCUGCCUCUACACCUUCACCGUUUACCUGGGCUCCGCCAUCUACACUCCUUCCACUAUCGGUGUGAUGCAGCAGUUCGGCGUCUCGUAUGCAGCUGCCAGUCUCGGUCUUGCUCUCUUCGUCUUCGGCUACGGCUCGGGUGCCAUGAUUUUCUCGCCCCUCUCCGAGAUCCCUGUCCUUGGACGUAACUGGAUCUACAUUAUCACCCUGUUUAUGUACCUCGCCUUCUCGAUUGGCGCUGCCGUCGCUCCCAGCUAUGGUUCGCUCAUCGUCUUUCGAUUCUUGGCAGGUUUCGUCGGCUCGCCCGCCUUGGCUACUGGUGGUGCCACGCUUCAGGACAUGUAUAGCCUUGUGAAGCUUCCUUAUGGUAUUGCUCUUUGGGCUGCUGCCGCCAGUAUGGGUCCUGCGCUCGGACCUGUCAUGGGAGGCUUUGCCGUCGAAGCAAAGACUUGGCGCUGGCCUCUCUGGAUUCAGGUCUGGUUUCUUGCACCGGUCCUGGUCGUUAUGAUCCUCAUGCUUCCUGAAACCAGCCACGCCAACAUUCUCCUUCGUAGGGCGCAGCGCUUGAGGAAAAUCACUGGUUGCACAACGCUGCGCUCGGAGGCCGAGAUCGAACAAGCCAAGCUCAGCACGCGCAAAAUCGUCGUCGAGGCGCUCAUCCGUCCCAUUCAGAUCUCCAUCCUUGAUCCUGGUACCGGAUUCAUGAAUCUGUAUGUGUCGUUAGUGUACGCUAUCUACUACAGCUUCUUCGAGAGCUUCCCCCUGGUUUACCCGGUGAGCUACGGGUUCGGUUUGGGCACGACGGGUCUUACCUUUGUCUGUGUCGUUCUGACCACGGUUAUGGGCGCUGCCGGCUACAUGUACUACAUCUACUACUACGUAGAGCCCAAAAUCCGCCAGACAGGAAAGCUACCCAUCCUCGAGUCUCGACUGAUCCCUGCCAUCCCAGCUAGCAUCAUCAUGCCCAUCGGGCUUUUAAUCUUCGGCUGGGCUUCACGAGAGUCGGUCCACUGGAUUGUGGGACUUAUUGGAUCCGGUAUCUACAGUAUCGGCUUCUACGUCUUCCUUCAGUGCGUCAUUCUCUACAUUCCUUUGGUUUACCCCAAGUACGCCGCUUCCCUGCUCGCAGCUAACGACUUCUGCAGGUCUACACUCGCGGCAGGAUUCGUCAUGUCCGGGCACCCCCUCUUCAAGAAUCUCGGCGUUGGACCUGGUGUCUCGCUCUUGGCUGGCUUGACCGUCCUCUGUGUGCCCGCUCUCUUGCUCUUGUACAAGUACGGCGAGCUUCUCAGGUCCAAGUCCAAGUUCACCGAGAAGGAACGUGCCUCGUCCUCCAGCUCCACUGUUGCGCUCGAGGAAAGCAAGGACCCCGUUGCGUGA